CCGCCGCCGCCCACUGAAGCUUGCAUUUUUAUAGCGUUACUGCUAAAUUUCUUGGUGCUACUAUUGCAGUGGCCUCCCAAGCACCUUACUAAGAAUUGUUGCCUCCUUACAACAGCAGAAGGAAAUCCCACCAUAAAAUCCUCUCGCUCAUCUACAUUCUACCGUGAAGCUCAGAGGUCGGUAGACCAAGGAAGUUUGGAUACCGGAGAGAUUCAGGUUGAGACUAAACCGUCUACAUCCAGCUUGUAUCGAGUUCGAGUUUACCGGUGGACGAGGAUAUCCCUACCAGAGCCGGUCACUAGGCAGGUGUUGGAGAAAAAAUCGAAGUCUGGCGGCGACGUGAAAUCAAAGAAGAUCAACUCCACUAGAGGGAGGCAACGUCGGGGAGCGGUUGAUCCGGCAGUCAAUUUUUACAGAGUCGGGGCCCAUUUUAUCCUCCUUUUCACUGUCGCUGGUCGAGCAUUCGAGUCCCCUCGGCAAGACACAAAUGAAGACAUACUG